ACAAACAUUGGAGAAGUCAACUUACCAACCGCAACUGUCGUCCCCUUUUUGUCCCCUUUUUCGAAGUAAGCAGAACAUUGUCGUCUUUCUUAAUCUCGUCAUUAGACCUCGUCAUUAGUUACAAAGGUCUCAGCAAUUGGAAUACCAAUUACUUAAGGUGUGGGCAAGAUGGGGUCGUUUCUAUCUCGGAAUGAAUUCCCAGUUGAAGGACGAACAGUCCUCAUCACUGGCGGCUCUAGAGGUCUUGGUCUAAACGCCGCCCGCCAAUUGGCAGAGAAAGGCGCCAACGUCAUUAUCGUCGCGCGCAACGAAGCCAAGCUACAAGAAGGCGUUUCCUAUAUUUCAAAAGGCGCCCGCUCGCCUGAGACACAACGUUUCCACUACAUUAGCGCCGACGUGACCACUUCUGCCGAGUGCGCUCGCGUGGUUACUGAAUCUAUCGCGUGGAAUCAUGGCUCACCACCCGAUAUUGUUUGGUGUUGUAGCGGUAGCGCGCAUGCGACACUUUAUAUCGAUACUCCGCCAGAGCAGUUUCAGACCAUGAUGGAUAGCAACUAUUUCUCAUGUGCAUACAUGGCACACGCCGUGCUCAACGCCUGGCUACGAUCUAAUCCGGAUGCAACGAACUCUGAGAGACAUGCAGAAUCUACGUCUCAGCCAGAGACAAAGGCGGUUUCACUACCGGCGCGCCAUCUCAUCUUCACCGGCUCGUUCGUUUCAUUCUACAGCUUUGCCGGCUUCACGCCCUAUAGCCCUUCUAAAGCAGCUAUCCGUGCGCUUUCUGACUCAUUGUCUCAAGAGAUGAACCUCUACGCGGCGGCACAUCCUAAUAUCCCCCGCGUGCGUGUGCAUACUGUAUUCCCCGCUACCAUGCCCACUCAGGGGUUAGAAGAAGAGAACAGUCUCAAGACCGACCUGACGAAAUCCCUCGAGGAGGGUGAUCAGAUACUCGAGCCGGAAGAGGUUGCGCGCCGCGCAAUUCGUGGCUUAGAAAACGGCGAGGACCUAGUACCUACAAGCACCAUCAUCAGGCUUGUGAUGACAAGCGUACUAGGUGGCUCAACACGCGGAGGUUUUUGGAAGGGAUUAGUUAAUACUCUACUGGGAUGGGUCGUUCUUGUGGUGAUGGUGUUUAUAAGGUGGGAAAUGGAUACCAAAGUCACAAAGUGGGGAAGGGAACAUGGAUCAAGCGGGAUGCUCAAGGCGAAGGGGAAAUGAUGAAAGUGAACAUGUUGGUCCAACACGGAGACUACUAUGUAUAACAGUAGCUUUUGAUUUCAAGGAGACG